GAACAUUCUCAUAAUCUAUCCAAAUUAAAUUAUGGUAUGGUAUAAGAUACUACGAAUGUGCUCUAAAUAUAUUAUAAAAGACCACACGUUAGCUUGUAAUAUGCACAGUUGGUAAAUCAUUUAUGUGUUGUCAAUAUUUCCAAGCUUCAUAUAAAUAUACGUAUGUGUGGAUACAUAUAUUGUACAUUAUGGAUAUAUACACUCGUAUAGCACAGGCACUUAAUCAGGGCUAUUAAGAACGAAUAAAGGAGAUAAAGAUAAACAAAAACAACUCGAUUCAAAGUUGUACGUUAUUGAAUACUUGAGACCCCACGCACGCAAUUUAAUAUGGUCGAUAAAUCUACCUGGAACUACUUACUUCCUGUUAUAUUGUACUACAUUUGCAAAACCACAUGCCUUGCAGGUAGUGUAACCGGAGGUACUAUAGAAAACGAAAUAAAUUCGAAUCGUUACAACACACAUCAACAUCAAGCAGCAAAUGCUAUACCACUCAGCAUACAUAUAAAAACAGCAUCCACGCCGUCAGUGGGAACAACUGCGGCACCUUCGAUACCUUCAUUUUUAGCGGCGACGCAGCCUUAUACCGGCAGUGGUGAAAAUGUUGAACACCAACAGCACCACAGAAGCUCCUACAACUUGCUUAGCGAAGCUAUGUCCCAGGCGGUUAACAACGAGUUCAGUUCCCUUAGCAGUGUGCCCGAUGCCACAUGUAAUGCAGACGACUUUGACUGUGAAAACGAAAACGUACAAGAUCGGCUCGGCAUGGAGGCUAUCGCCACUUUGCAUCGUCAACUAGAUGACGACGAUAAUGGAAAUAUCGACUUGAGCGAAUCGGAUGAUUUUCUUCGUGAAGAAUUGAAAUAUGACUCCGGUUAUGAAAAACGUCAAAAGGCAUUUCAUUUUAAUGAUGAUAUGCAUAUUUCGGUUAAAGAGCUAUGGGAUGCUUGGUUACGCUCGGAGGUACAUAAUUGGACCAUUGAGCAAACCACUGAUUGGUUGGCUCAGUCAGUUCAACUACCGCAGUAUGUUGACCUUUUCAAAUUACACAAGGUUACCGGUGCUGCUCUACCAAGAUUGGCUGUAAAUAAUCUACAUUAUGUAAGCAAUGUCCUAGGUAUAAAAGACCCAAUACAUAAGCAAAAAAUAUCUCUAAAAGCUAUGGAUGUUGUUCUAUUUGGACCGCCACGAGAAACAGGCACUCGUUGGAAGGAUUAUAUUCUUGUCACUCUUUUAUUAAGUGCUAUAAUAGGAUGUUGGUAUGCCUACCAACAAAAUAAAAAUGCUAAGCGGCACUUGCGUCGGAUGGCACAGGACAUGGAAGGAUUACAACGGGCUGAACAAAGUCUACAGGAAAUGCAAAAGGAAUUGGAGUUAGCUCGUAUGGAGCAGGAAAAUGUUGCAACGGAGAAAAUGGAUCUUGAAAGGCGCCUUAAAGAAGUACCUUCACUUAGUUCGUCAAGCUCAGAUCUUGAGGUGCAGCAGCUAAAAAAAGAAAUUGAAAUGUUGCGCAAUGAGUUAACACGUGCUGAGUUCGAGCUGGUUGAUAAUUGCUGGGCGCCCCCUCAGCAGUUGCAAUCAUGGUUACAGUACACAUAUGAGCUAGAAAGCAAGAACCAUCAAAAAAAACGCAUUUGUGCUGAGAAACAACUUCAAUCCGCGCGCGAAGCAUGUGAAAAAUUACGUAAAAAGCGAUCAAGCUUGGUUGGCGCUUUUGUUUCAACCCACGGUAAGAGCAUUGAUGACGUUGAUCGCUCUAUUGUCGAAGCACGUAACGCUCUUGGAGAAGUAACCAACGAGUUACAGGAACGCCUGCACCGUUGGAAGCAAAUUGAAACGUGUCUAGGCUUAAAUAUUGUCAAUAACAACGGAUUAACAUACUUAGAGAAUGUUCUCUAUAGUCGUAAUGGUGGUAUUACUGGCAGCAUCGGUGGGGUCAAUUCCACAAAGAGUUCUAGAGCGCGGAUCACAUGCAGCACAGACGACUUGGAUGAUGAUUCAGUACAAGGUAAGAUGCAUUUUGAGAAUUUUUCACUGCUUGCCACGGAGUAACUUUGUUGCGUAUGACUGGAAAGACAGCAAUGGAAAAAUCUACCUUGCGGACCCAAUAUGAUUGACCAACGAACAUUUUUUUUUAACAGUUAUAUUCACCUAAUUACUUUUAAAAAUUAUCUGUUAUAUAUGGAUAUACUUAUAUACAUAUGCAUAUGAAAAACAGUUCGUCAAUCGAAUAAUAAUAGCAACAUUUAAUUAUAUAAUUUAAUUAUGAAAUCAAGGCUGCAAACCGGUAUUUGGGAGACAUACAUCAUUCUGGAGAUCUUAAUAUGUAU